UCUAAUCGGAUGCGAAAGGAGGCACGCCCAGUUAUUUCGUCAGACGUCGUUUCGAACCAUCCGAUUUCCGCUCUGUCUGCAACUUUUCCAUUCAAGGAGUGCCAAGCAAUGGCGGAGCGUCGGGGCCUCAAGGCCCUGGAGCUGUGGUGCCGCCGGGUGACGGAGGGCUACCGGGACGUACGGGUGUGCGACAUGAGCGCCUCCUGGCGGGAUGGCCUGGCCUUCUGCGCCCUCAUCCACCACUUCCGGCCGGACCUGAUCGACUUUGACGGGCUGCGCAAGGAAGAGGUGUUGGCCAACAACCGGCUGGCCUUCUCGGUAGCUGAGGCCCAGCUGGGCAUCCCGGCCCUGCUGGACGCCGAGGACAUGCUGGCACAUAGGGACCCUGACCGGCUCAGCGUGGCCACCUACGUGUCCCAGUUCUACCAGUACUUCGAGGGCGGCCUGGGCUCCCGGCGGAGAGCUGCGUCAGCGCUGAAGCGUCCUGCGGGUGCCCCGUCUGCAACGUCCCCGGCGCUCAGCGUGGGCCCCCCGACCAAGGUGCUGGGCGUCGCGGACACCUGCCACGUCUGCCGCAACCGGGUCUUCCUCCUCGAGCGUCUGAUGGUGGAUGGCCGGCUGUACCACCGCUGCUGCUUCCGCUGUUCCCGCUGCUCUGCAAUCCUCAGCCCCGGCGCCUACAACGAGUGCGACGCCAGCCCUGGCAGCUACGAGUGCACGGUGUGCCCCAAGGAUGAGGGGCCCGAGUUCGCCCUCGACGAGAAUGCCCGUCCCGAGCCAAGCCCCAAGCCAAGCCCCAAGUUGAGCCCCAAGCCGAGCCCCAAGCCAACUCCGUCGCCCGUCUCCAAGCCUGAGGUGCCAGAGAAGAAAACGGAGCUUUCGGAGAGCGUGCGCAUGGCUCGCAAGCACUUUCAGAGCACCAUGGUGACGAGCGCGACGCCAUCUGCCAACGGGACGCCCGAGACUACGCCCAUGGCAGCCCGAAAGACCGUCGAGGAGACGGUGCCCUCAAAGAGCGAGUCGGACGUGCCGGUGCGGGAACAUGAUUCGAGCACAAACGACGUCGCCAAGUGGACGGCAAUUCAGAAGCCGGAGUUGCCAGCCUUCCUCAGACGUCACGAAGACGUCAGAAGUUCCACCGUCCAGGAAAACAUCAAACGGUUCUCCAGGCUCUCUGCAGACACUAAAGGGUGUCUGACGACGUCGAGAAGCAGUUCGGACCUCGGGACGCCGGAGCAAGUCGUUAAAGACGGCAGACUUUCCUCAAUUCAUUCUUCCUCCGAACAAGGCUUAGCAAGUGCACCGAAGACACCCGGGGUACCGAGUAUGCCACUCUCUUCCCCGCCGCCAACCAGUCCGGAAAACGGGGGUCCCAAGACGACCGGGCUCUCGAAGCGGGGGCUGGACCUGCCGGUCAUCAAGUCUGACGUCCCGCCCACGGACCUCCUUCCGAGGCCUGCUCCACGCUACAAGACACUGAAGCUAAGCACGUCGGGUCGUUUGGCAGGCGACGAAUCUUCCCUAGAAGACUCAAAACACGCGAGUGCGAUGACCAGCACGGAAGAAACUUGUCUGGACGUGCCGCCUCCGCUGCCCCUCGGCCCCCCUCCGGAUCUAGGGGGCGGAGAGGAGAACCUGAACGGCCUUCCAACGUCCUUGAGCACGGGUGCACCGAUGCAACUGGAGACCCCGAACCGCAAAACCGGCGAUCCGACCCGGCUUUCUUCCAGAGAGGAAGCACCAGCAGAGCCCAGUCCCAAGCCAACGAGUCGAACGAUUUCGGGGAUUUCCAGCUCGACUCCAAAGACCCCAGCCGCAACCGUGUCGCCACAGGGUACCCUGACCAGGUACCCAAAGACCCUGAAUCCUUUCGGUGACAGCGACGAAGACGAAGACUACCCCGAGUCGCUGAAUCCUUUUGAGGAGGAGGAGGAGGAGGAGUCGACACCGGCGGACAGCGUCUACGACUCCUCGCUGAACCCGUUUUCGGAGGACGAUGACGACGAAGCCCCCCGAGCGCCGCCACGAUUGACCCCUGUCAGUCAAAGGUCAACGAACCCCAGCCCUCUGCGGCCUUCUCCGCGUGCCCGCAAGAAGCCAGCCCCACCCCCCCCUCCCACUCUGGCGGCCCCCCCGAAGGAGGAACCGAGUAAGGUCGGCCAGAAGGAGGAACCGAGCAAGGUUCUACCGAAGGAGGAGCAGAGCAAAGCCCCCCGGGACACCUUCGGCUACUGGAAGCGCAAGAAGAGGCCCGCCCCCUCGGUGCCCAUCCCUGUCAGGCGAGAGAUCAAGCGCAUCCCUCUGAGGGAGAUCCAGGCCGAGAUGCAGGAAAUUGCCCAAAAGCAGGAAGAGCUGGAGCGGCAGGGCCGGGAAAUCGAAGUGAACAUCCGGGACCGGAACGGCAAGUACCCGGACGCCGGAGAAGGAGCCGCAGACUCUGAGCCCUCGCUGGAGGAGGAAGAGAUGAUCAUGCAUCUGUUUGAGCUGGUCAACGAGAAGAAUGCCCUGUUCAGGCGCCAGGCGGAACUCAUGUACAUAAAGCGAUCCCAGCGUCUGGAAGAGGAGCAGGUGGAGCUGGAGUACCAGAUACGCUGCAUCAUGACCAAACCCUUGAACCAGAAGUGCGAGGAGGACGCCAGUCGGGAGGAGGAGCUCCUGCAGCGCCUCCUGGAAGUGGUGGAACAGCGUAACGAGAUCGUUGACAGCCAGGAAAUGGACCGGCGCAGGGUCAUGCAAGAGGACUGGAGUAUCCAGGAACAGAUGGCGCAAAGGCAAAGCGAGAUGAAAGAGAAGAUGGCCAGCCCCGAAGCCCCCAAGAAGCCCAAGAAGGUCAAGAAGGCCAAGAAGUCCAAGGAGUCCAAGAUGGAGGACGAGGACAAGCGCAAGUCCCUGCGCAGGAUCUUCAAGGACAAGCUGGUGCUUUCCAAGUGACGCGCUACGCACCCCUCGAGUCCCGGCCACACCAACCCUUGAGGGAGAGAGACAUCGUCCCGUCCGCGGCAUCGACGGACGUCUUCCAGUCCGAGGAAUUCUUCUAUUUAUUCUCCGUCUCGUUUUACGGGUGGACGAGCUCCAAAAGUUUGUCCGCAUCGGCGAUGCUUCCGCCCUUGCGAAGUGUAGCAGACGCGAGUCUGCCGUCUCUUUUUUUUUUAAGCCUUUAUACAGUCCAUUGCAGGUAAACAAUAGCGAAAAAAGCUCCUCCCCCAAAACGCCCUCUACCCUUUCCACUUUUGUUGAGCGAAUGCUGGAGAGGGCAAGUGAAGAGUAGGAAAGCUCCAGUUGGUAGCGAGCAGAGAGCCUUGUGGGAAGGCUUCUCCCGCUUUUUUUAACCUGCAACGAACUUUUAGUUUCUUUUACACUGGUUUAUUUUAUCCCAACACAAUGCUGUAUUGGGGGGGGGGGGGGGGGGGGGGUAAUUUUUUUUACCACAUUGAAGAAGUGCCAGCUCAUUCCAUGCUUGCAGCUAUUCCAAUGUAUACACGCGCUUUGCCAGUGAUUUGCGGGCGUUUCCGUCAUUCGCCCCUCCGCACUUGGCAGCGCCGCUUUUGCGACGCAACGUUUGUCGACCAGACCGAGCUUUUUUUUUUGCUGGGGGAUCGAGAAUCAAUUGUACAGCGCUCUCAAAAGUAUUCUGCAGUGGCCGGUUCGUCGGCACUUGCACUAACCGCCGGCUCGAUUUCUUUGCAGCAGAAACUUAUUGAUGAAAUUCUCCGUUGUCUUCCCCCACCAUGGGGGACGCUCACUUUUGCGCGACUCUCGCUGGAGGAAGUGUCCCAGGCGCAGUGUCACUUCGAGGUCUGCCAUAGCCUUGCCAGUGUAGAUAGGAAUGGAUGAUAGAGGGCGCAAUGUGAUAGGCACACCUCCGAAUUUGCUCCGGCCUUGUGUACCUUAGAGCAGCCGCCGUACUCCAUUUCAGUAUAUCCUACGGCACUCACGAGCCAGUCGGAGCAACAAAGCAAAGCGCGGGAUAGUUCUCGAGGGGGGAGCAGUACUCCGGUGGCGUGUUUUCACGUGCCCGGCUUAGGUGCUCUGAAUGGCCCGCUAGUGCUGCAGCCUUUGCAGUCUGCCACGUUGAAACAAACAAUGGCGCAGUGGAGACUGGUACUUGUUUUUGUUCGAUAUCCAAGUAGGGGCCGCGUUUGUUUCUAAUUUAGAGGCAGAGUUUGCCCAAAGUUGUUUUCGAUGUGCUAGUCGCGACGGUUACGAGCCUACGAGACGGCGUCUAUUAGAGAAACGCGGCGUCGGUGCGGCUUCCUAGAAUUCGUUCCGUCCGGACAGGUACAUGGACGAUAUAAAGAAGGCCCGCAAAUGAUGCGACACCUCGUGCAAAUGCCUCGCAAGAUGUGAAGGAUGCCUCGUGCACUUUCCCCGCAAGGUGCGAUGCCACUGGGCAGUGCGGAACGGCACGUCGGCUCCAUUUUAUACAGCAGUAUUUUUGUGAUAAAAAUAUUCUGUCUGUG